CUCUCCUCCUCCGGCACAGUCUGGCGCUCUCCGCUCUCCUCACCGCGCAGCUUUUCUAAUCCUCCUCCUCAAACGCAAAGUGUCCGGACCAACAAACUGCAACAUUCCUGAGGACAACUUUCUAUACAGCACAUGAACUUAUCAUUCCUACAGACCAGAAGAAACAUUUGGAGAACACCUGGACACUUUUACUUCCUGCUUAUAUAACUUUUCUUGCACUUGAACGACUCCUUCACAUUCCAAAGACUUUGGCCCCGGACGGACUUUGAUUACUUUAUUUUUAAAAUCAGCCGUCUUUAAAGUCUUCUUUUUUCUUCUUAUACUAUUCCCAAUAGACCCAACGAGCAGGAGGCACUAGCCUACUUUUUUUUUUUGCACAACCCAGAAAUAGUGUUAACUGUGUUUUUUUUUUCUACGUGUAGUCUUAAAUUAAAUAACAAAAUAGUAAACAAUGGCAGGUAUGAACUCUCUGGAUGCUGUGAAGAGGAAGAUUCAGUGUUUGCAGCAGCAGGCCGACGACGCAGAGGAUCGGGCUCAGGUCCUACAGAGACAGCUGGACAGUGAACGGGAGCUCCGAGAGAAAGCGGAGGGUGAUGUAGCAGCUCUGAACCGUAGGAUCCAGCUGGUGGAGGAGGAGUUGGACCGAGCCCAGGAGAGGCUGGCCACAGCGCUGCAGAAACUGGAGGAGGCUGAGAAGGCCGCAGAUGAGAGCGAGAGAGGGAUGAAGGUGAUUGAGAACAGAGCGAUGAAGGAUGAAGAGAAGAUGGAGAUUCAGGAGAUGCAGCUGAAGGAGGCCAAACACAUCGCAGAGGAGGCUGACCGCAAAUACGAGGAGGUGGCCCGUAAGCUGGUGAUCCUAGAGGGAGAGCUGGAGAGAGCCGAAGAGAGGGCCGAGGUCUCAGAAUGUAAAGCCAGCGACCUGGAGGAGGAGCUGAAAAAUGUGACCAACAACCUGAAGUCCUUAGAAGCCCAGUCUGAGAAGUACUCAGAAAAAGAAGACAAGUACGAGGAGGAGAUCAAAGUUCUGACUGACAAACUGAAGGAGGCUGAAACCCGUGCAGAGUUUGCAGAGAGGACAGUGGCCAAACUGGAAAAGUCCAUUGAUGACCUGGAAGAGAAAUUAUCACAUGCCAAAGAGGAGAAUCUGGGCAUACAUCAAGUCCUGGACCAGACCCUGCUGGAACUGAACAACUUAUAAACACACAGAGAGGAAACUGGAGAGGAUGAUGAGAUCGUCAUGUAACAUUCCUUCAAUGUUCGACUCCAUUCCACAUUUCGAGCUGUAAAAUCUUUAUUCCCCGUGUGAAGGGGGAUUAACUUAAUGCUUGUCCCUUGAUGUUAUUUUUUUUUCUAAGGCACAACUUCUUUUUUUUAUGAUGGGAAGUAAUUUUGUCCACAUCGCUUCUUCUUUUUUUUUUUUAUCUUGAGCUGUGAUUACAGAAAUUCUCCCCUGAAAUUUUGACCACUUAUUUAGCAAGAACUGGCAAUUAAUACACCCAAACGAACCUCAGAUGAUUUGGUCACUGAACCACUUAAACUGGCUCAAUUUUACUUUUUAUGUGCACAUACAUUAAGCCUCUGUCUGAUUAUUUUAAUACAUAUGCUACAGAUGGCAUUGGGUUUUGCUCAGUCUACAUUAGUGUGGCUCUGAAGUGCCACCCAGUGGUGAUAUGAACUUAGUCAACAGUUUUCUGACGUGCUGUACCACCUUUAGAGGUUAUGAGUUAAUGGACAUUCGACUUGUGUGUGUUUGUCUUAGCAGUAUCCUCCUAAAUCUUGUGUUCAAACAGCGUGACAGUCAAAUGGACAGGUGAUCUUAUGGAAAGGUUUUAAUAUCAUUUAAAUAAACAGGUCAAGGCACAUGCUGCUCAGUCACUCUAAAACUUAAUGCCUCUUCUGCCAAUCCCCGAUCAUCCUGAGGCCUACAUGUUGUAGAUGCACUGAAUAUUUAGGUGCAUCAAAAUCUUUAUACUCUUUUUGGUGUGGGAAUGCGUGCAGAACCUGGGAGCUGUGCAUGUAUAGUAUUUAGCACUUGUGUGCAUAUCUAAGCUGUACUACCUUCCCCUAAGCUUGACCUGACCAUUGACAUACUCAUUGCCAACAAUAUGCCAUAAUGUAGUCAAUAUUAACUAGAUUUACAAUAUGUUAUAUUACAUGAGUGAGCUAAACCCCAAACCACUGGAAGCUCAGUCAAGUUUUAUCAACCAUGGAUACUUAUUGUAUAUAGUAGAAUAAUGUUAGGUAUGUGAGAAAUUGUAUUGCUUUUUUUUUUUUUUUGGGUUUUGUUUCAUUUACGCCACUUCUUUUUGCCAGGGGAACUCUCAAGACCAAAGAACACACAUAACACAGACAAUAAAUUCUGAAAUUGUUUUUAUUUUUGUUUGUGAUGGUCAUCUCAUGCCAUGGCCAUGAAAAAGCGCCUCACAUAUGAUCGAGACCAUUUUGAAAUAUUUCAUUCACCAACACCCUCCCUCCCCCUCUAUGUCUACCUAAUAAAUGUUUUACAGAAA